UCGCCACUCGCCAGUUCAGUUUGGUGUGCCGACACGUUCGUUUCGUCGCCGUCGUUCCGCUCAGUCGAAACUCCGCCAACGUCGUCGCCACCGUGCCGUGCCGUGUGUUUAAUAAUAUUAUUGUGUUUUUUUUUUCAUCGUUAAUUAUUCUUAUUUAACCCGCAGUUAUCGUUUACCUCGAUCGAUUUGAUUUUCCGCCAAAUAAAAAUCAGAUUUAGUGUUCCGAUACGCGUUUGGUCUAUGUGAUUAUAUUAAAAAUAAUAUAAUAUAUAACACACAACUUGUGUGCGUGCGCUUUGGAUUAGUUGUUAUCGUUGUUAUUAUUUUUAUACAUUUUUUUUUUUUGAAAUUUAAUUUCUAAGACCGACCGCGAACCAAACGAAUUGCGGAAAAAAUAGUUUAUCAAACCGGUUUUCCGUUGCCAGCCGAGUAGUCAAAAAGUCGUCGGACUUAGUCGCGGAUUAGUAAUUUUAUUAUUAUUAUUAUUGUUGUUGUUGCUGUCGGUUCUACGCGAAGCAACAGUGACAGCAACAUAGUAGUAGCCGUUUGCCGAACAACACACGACGAGCAAAUUUAGAGGAAAGAAAAACGUUCAGCAAUGAGGAGGAGGUAGCCGUCGCCACUAACCGUCGCAGCCGCCGCCACUGCCGUCAUGCACAAGUAUCACCAACACCACUGCGACGACAGCAGCCAUCACCACCAUCGGCACAACCACCAUCAUCACCUCAACCGUCACCACCGAUGCUGUCUCGCCGCGGUGUUUCUGCUGCUGGCCGUCGCGAUCGUCAGCCCCGGACGAGCCGAACACGUUGUACUUUUGGACACCACGACAGAGCCUAGUCUACGGUGGACUACGUACCCUUACGGACCGGACGCCAACGCAGCAGGGUGGGUCGAAGAGAGCUACAUAAAUUUUGAAAAGGGCAUCAACUGGCGGUCGUACGUCGUGUGCGAUGUCACCAAGCAAAACGUCAACAAUUGGGUGUGGACGCCUUUCAUAGAGCGCGGGCUGGCCAAUCUCAUUUACAUCGAAGUCAAGUUUACCAUCCGAGAUUGUUCGCUGUUCCCGGGGUACGCGCUGUCAUGCAAAGAAACGUUUUCACUACUCUACUAUGAGUUUGACGUGGCCACCAGGGAACCACCGCCUUGGGAACCUGACAGCUAUAAAUCUGUUGGUCGGAUAGCUGCUGGUGAAGGGAGGUUCAACGCUAAUAACGAAGUGGUGAUCAAUACUGAGACAAAAGCUGUGAAAGUUACCAAAAAAGGAGUGUACUUUGCCUUCAGGGACCAGGGCGCAUGUAUUUCCAUCAUGGCAGUCAAGGUGUAUUACAUCGUGUGCCCAGAAGUUGUGAUAAACUUUGCAAACUUCUCUGCUACUCCAACUGCUAGAGAACUUACCCAAAUCGAACAUGCCACCGGCAAAUGUGUUGAUAAUGCUGAAGUGGUAGGAGGUGGUGCUCCAACUUACCUGUGCAAAGGAGAUGGAAAAUGGUAUCUACCGUCAGGUGGAUGCAAGUGCAAAGCUGGUUUUGAAGCAGACAUAGAAGCGCAAACUUGUAUAAUCUGUCCUCCGGGCAAGUACAAAUACGGCGUUGGGGACGACAAGUGUCAGCCGUGUCCGGCGCACAGCAAAGCGCCCGACCAGGGGAUGUCCGAGUGCAGGUGCAACACCGGAUACUACAGGUCGCCCAAGGACCCAAAAUCGGUGCCGUGCACGCAACCGCCGUCAGCGCCGCAAAACUUGACAGUCAACUUUGUGGACCAGUCGACUGUGACCCUGUCGUGGAACCCACCGAACUUCCUCGGUGGCAGGACCGAUAUCGUGUACAGAGUGACAUGCGACAUGUGCGGUCCAUCCGUUGUGUUCAUGCCCAACAACGAGGUGUUCAACGAUACCAAAAUAACGAUCAGCGGUCUGGGUCCGGUCACCACGUACAAGUUUCACGUAUGGGCCGAAAACGGUGUCAGUAAUCUAACGUCGUCCGAAAACCGGCAAUUCGUCGACAUAGCCGUGACCACUACAGAAGCUUCCGUUAAGUCUGCGUCCGUCAACAAUGUCCGUGUCAUGUUGGUAAAGGCGUCCGAGAUCACGCUAUCUUGGGAUCCGCCCAUGGCGAGCUUCUUCGAUUCUGGCGAUGACGACGCUGCCGUCGAAGUUUACGAAGUGAAGUUCUAUCCCCGAGGUGACGAGUCAAACGUCAGCAACAAACUUACCGCCGACAGGCACAUGGUGUUUACGGCACUCAGGCCCAAGACGGACUACGGAUUCCAAGUGCGAGCGAAGACCGCUCACGGCUGGGGCGAGUACAGUCCGACUAUUUACAAAACGACGGGGCAAUUGCUCGGAAGCGGUAAGAACACACAACAACAAGUCCAAAGAAAAAACGGGAUUAAAGAUGAUACGGCCUACAUCGGUGACGAAGACAACAUGGAAGUCCGAAUAAUCGCAGGUGCGACGGUCGCGGUAGUGGUGGUCUUAGUAGUUGUCAUCAUCAUGACGGUAUUGUUCUUAAGGAGCCGGAGUAAUGAUGAAUGCAACAAAAAACAACCAAGUGAUUGCGACACUUUAGAAUACAGGAAUGGGGAAGUGCAUUGCAAUUUGGACAAUCCUCCCAUAGUUGCCACUCACACUAGCAGCAUGACCACACCUUUGUUCACACAAGUUGGCUCGACUACGUCUAGAUCGUAUAUUGACCCGCAUACAUACGAAGACCCAAAUCAAGCAGUUAAAGAGUUCGCCAGAGAAAUUGAUGCUUCGUAUAUCACCAUUGAAGCAAUAAUCGGCGGUGGAGAAUUCGGGGACGUAUGUCGGGGAAAAUUAAAAGUUCUCGGAUCGCCUUCCGUCGAAGUCGAUGUAGCCAUCAAGACUCUGAAACCUGGUAGUUCGGACAAAGCGCGCAACGAUUUCCUGACCGAGGCUUCAAUCAUGGGACAAUUUGAACACCCCAACGUCAUAUUCCUGCAAGGCGUCGUCACCCGAUCCAACCCGGUGAUGAUUAUCACCGAAUACAUGGAAAACGGUUCAUUGGAUACGUUCCUGAGAGCUAACGACGGAAAGUUUCAAGUCCUACAGUUGGUUGGCAUGUUGCGGGGCAUCGCCUCCGGCAUGCAAUACCUUAGCGAAAUGAACUACGUACAUCGUGAUCUGGCUGCUCGCAACGUACUAGUCAACGCCCAGCUGGUGUGUAAAAUAGCAGAUUUCGGUCUGAGUCGAGAGAUCGAAAGCACCACCGAAGGGGCGUACACGACGAGGUUUUCGAAUUUCCAGGGCGGUAAGAUACCGGUCCGGUGGACCGCACCCGAAGCCAUAGCAUUCCGUAAAUUCACCUCCGCAUCGGACGUAUGGUCGUUCGGCAUUGUCGUGUGGGAGGUGAUGUCGUACGGUGAACGUCCUUACUGGAACUGGAGUAACCAGGACGUGAUCAAGUCCAUCGAAAAAGGUUACCGGUUACCGGCGCCCAUGGACUGUCCGGAAACUAUAUACCAGUUGAUGUUAGACUGCUGGCAAAAGGAGAGAACACACCGACCUAUGUUCUUGUCCAUCGUAAAAACGCUCGACAAGCUCAUAAGGUGUCCGGACACACUCAGGCGGAUCGCCCAAAAUAGGUCCGUAAACCCGCUGAGCUCGGACGCGCCGGACAUGACCCAAUUCGGUUCGGUGAACGAAUGGCUGUGCUCCAUAAAAAUGGCCAGGUACCUGGACAACUUCGAACAGGCGGGCAUCGUGAGCCCGAAGGCGGUGGCCCGACUGACGGUAGCCGACCUGACGGCGCUGGGCAUUACGCUGGUCGGCCACCAGAAGAAGAUCAUGAACAGCAUCCAGGCCAUGCGGGCGCAGUUCUCGGCCAACCUGUCCGAGGGCUUUCUCGUGUAAUGGAGCAAAAAACCGGACACGUCGGUGCAUCGUCGUAGAGAUGUCGGCUGUGGCGACCUUUGGUUCCUAUAUGAUAUUAUUGCAUAAAGUAAUAGUAUUGUAUCAAUGUAUAUAUUAUAUCAAAUGUAUAUUCGAACAAACGAUGACACGCGUACUAUUAUGACGAUGACGACGGCACGUCGAGACUUAAUAUUAAAAUAAUACAUUUUUUUUUUUUUUGUUCCCCCCAUUCGAUAUGACCUAGACUGUACCUGUAUAUUAUUAUUAUUAUUAUUAAUUAUUACUAUAUAACUAUUUUACGUUAUCUCUGUAAGUACGGUUUAACAUGUUUAUACAUCAUACCUAUCGUAUAUUUUUUUUUCUCAAUGACUCACACUCACUAUAAUAUCCAACAAUAUACCUAUCGCGUGUGUAAAUUAACUAGAUAUUGUAUACUCCCCCCCUCCCCACCUCGCCAUCAUUAUUACGAAAACGUUUGAACUAUUUGUUCAACCCCCUAUCCACCACCACCCCUUGUCCAGAAUCAACGAUGCCAUCAAACUCUCCCAAUCGUUUAAUAUACCGGCCAUUGUAUUAUGAAGAACAAUUUUUUUUAAACGUAUAUUACAUACGAUUUAGUGGCUAAUCCUCCUUAAAUAUUGUGAAAUUUUGGUUGAUUUCGUAAUUAAUACACCCAAUAUAUUAUAUAAUAUAAAUCGUAUACGUGCGUAUGAUUUUUUUUUUUU